ACGUAGCAAGUAUUCUAAAUACUGAUGCCGUAGAAGAAGUUGGUGAUGCAGAUGAAGUUGGCGAUGUGGCUGCUAUUGAUAAUGAUAAGAUGGGUGCUGUAUUCAUAGUUAAUCUUGGUGUAAUGGUCAAUCUAGUUGUGGUAGAUCUCGCAGGUGUUGUGGUUGAUCUCACAGGUGUUGUAGUUGAUCUCGCAGGUGUUGUAGUUGAUCUCGCAGGUGUUGUGGUUGAUCUUACAGGUGUUGUGGUUAAUCUAGUAUGUCGUGCUAUAGUAGAUCUAGGUGCCGUAGAACUAGAUAUAGGGAUAGGUAUAAUUGGCAUAGAAG